CAAAGGUGCCUGAUCAUAACCACUGUCGUCAUUCCAUCCCGCUCCACACACUACCGACAAUGGCGCAUCGGCGUCCCAACAUACCAGAAUUUGGAACUCGCUGAGAAAUUGCAGACAAUGCGCGAGUUGAACCACCGGGGGGUGCAUCGACAAUGGCUCGGGAAGCGGAAGCUGGGCCUUCCAACAACGGCGGCAGCGGCGCCGACACGCAGCCCAAGGUGACGACCCCAAAGCCGUCGCCGCCGUCCCCGCCGCCGCCUCUCCCACCGCGUCGAAAGCCGUCCGGCGAAAGCCUUGCGCAGGUAGCCCCAACUCGAGCGCGGCCCACAACGGCCGUCUCGCCCAUCGACAUCGCGACCCUGUCGUUUCCCGACGGUUCGCGAGGCACCUUUUCCACAAGCGCAACCCCGGCUGUGUCCACUCCGGCUGCCACCGGAUAUGUGGUCCCCGGUCGAGAUGCGACGGCCGGCGGCGACCCUGCUGAUGUGAUGAGCAUCAUGAGCUUCGCUCCCACCCUGCGCCCACCAGGCGACCUUGCCAGCCUCGUUGCAGGUGGACUCAAUAGGAAGAGCCUCGCUUGGACCAUGCUGCGGUCGCAAGCCGAAACUGUCCGGCCCUUUGAGAGCAUUGAGCUCGGCGCCCCCGGCGACCUCGCCGGAUUUGAAAGGGAGUUCGACGAGAUCCCGGACGAUGCCAGUGACGAUGUCCGAUUGGCAAUCUGGAAGUCCAAGAUGAAGCAUUACAUGAUCCUCUCGUCGGCCGGGAAACCGAUCUACAGCCGCCACGGCGACCUGGGCCUGAUCAACUCGUAUAUGGGCGUGGUGCAGACCAUCAUCUCGUUCUUCGAAGGUGCAAAGAACCCGCUGCUGGGCUUUACCGCUGGCAACGCCCGGUUCGUCGUCGCCAUCGAGGGCCCCCUUUAUUUCGUGGCCAUCAGCAGGCUGGGUGAAAGUGAUGCGCAGCUGAGGAGCCAGCUAGACGCCUUGUAUAUGCAGAUCUUGUCCACUCUGACUCUCCCCACGCUCAAGAACAUAUUCGCCCACCGCCCAUCCACCGACCUUAGGAAGCCCCUGGAGGGUACCGAGUCGCUCCUCUCGUCCCUUGCCGACAGCUUCACCAAGGGUUCUCCUUCUACGCUGCUUGGCGCUCUUGAAUGUCUCAGGUUACGGAAGUCACAGCGCCACGCGAUAAACAAUGUCUUCCUCAAGAACCGCUGCGAAAAGCUUCUUUACGGACUCAUUGUCGCCGGCGGGAAGCUUGUCAGCGUCAUCCGGCCGCGCAAGCACUCGCUUCACCCGAGCGACCUCCAGCUCAUCUUCAACAUGCUCUUUGAGUCUUGCGGUAUUAAGUCAGGGGGCGGAGAGAGUUGGAUCCCGCUCUGCCUCCCAGCCUUCAACAGCCGUGGUUAUCUCUACAUGUACGUCAGCUUCUUCGAUGGGAAGCCAGAUACCGCGUUUCCGAGCGAGCCGGCCCAAAAAGCGGCUGGAUCAUCGGAUCACGACGACGAGAAGACCACAGACGAGGAAGAGAUCGCCCUCAUCCUCAUCUCCCCCGACAAGGAAUCGUUUUACGACCUUAAGGAGAUGCGGGACAAGCUCGCCGCCCAGCUCACCAAAGCCGGCCACCUCUCCCUCAUCCGCUCCGCCGCCCGCGAAGGCCGCCCCAAGAUCCAAGCCGUCGCUCCGGGCGCGCAGAUCUCCCACUUCCUCUACAAGUCGCGCGCAAACGUGCAGUUCUGCAUGUCUUCCCUCGAGCCCGCCUCCUUUUCCUCCUCCUCCUCAUCGCCGUCCCAUUCGACGCCACCAGCGUCAGCAUCCGAGCAGAUGCUCACCCGCCGCCGGCUCAUGACCGUCUACCACGAGCUCCACGCCGCCGUGCAUGCCAAGCACGCGCACCUGAAGGUCCUCCACGCCGUGGGCGAGGACGCGGCGAGUUUGGCGUGGAUCACGCCCACCUUCGAGUUCUAUUGCGUGGCGGGGCCGAAUGUCUCGCGUGCGGCCAUGGCGCAGGGGGCGAAUAAGGUGGUUCAGUGGGCCAAGAGGGAGGAGGAGAGGCUGUUUAUCAUCGGCGGCGGCGUGUUUUAGUGCGAGCCUCUGUGAUGCCAAAGAUGGGAGAGAUGAUCUAUCCCGCGUUUUGAUCUAUGAGUGUGUAUAUCUGGGCCGGG